AUACAAACACAAUAUUUUCAGCGAGUAAUCAGGGAGUCAUACAACAUUACUAUCUAAAGUAACUACAAAUCGCAUACACUGAGCAAACGCCAGGAAAAUGAUUUACUUACAGUUCUGCUGUUUCUGUGUUGAUCUACGCAUUGGAAGUAUAAUAAUAGGGGUUCUGGACUUUAUUCUCGAUAUCAUAGCUACCAUUUUCAUAGCUAUUUUCGGAGAGUCUGGUAUACCCGACUUAUGCCAUAAGCUCUUCCUUGUGUUUAUGAUUAUACACAUGAUCAGCAUCAUAUUUUUAAUAAUAGGCGCCAUAAAGCUAAGACCCAAAUACAUGCUGUGCUAUGUACUGGUCAGCCUAAUCAAACUUCCACUCAUGAUCAUACUGCUGAUAGCUGAUAUAAUACUAAGGAUAUGGUAUCCAGUUCUCUUAUUUUAUAUCAUUAUGUUCGUUGUCGGAUUAUAUUUCUGGCUUGUCGUAUAUUCGUUUUAUGCCGCAGUCGGAGGUCAAAUAUUUAUGUGAAGCCUACACUCAGAUUUAUUAAAUUCAAUGUAUCUAGUUUUUCAUCAACAUCUCGAAUAUGUAACUAUAUUAAUGUAAAUUUAUUGAAUUUAUGGCAAUACAAAAUUUUGUUGUAAGAUUC